GACAGCUAAAAAUAGGUUAGUUCUUUUUCCGCAGGCAUGGAAAGCGUUAGAGCCACUUGUGGUUUUUUCAUUGAAAAAGAAAAUGUGUUAACACAUAAUUAUACUGGGAAACAUUACCUGAUUUCGAACAGCAAAAUUUAUAAGGGAAAAUGGAUUUUGAACAUCUAGAAGUGUUGCCACUUCACAAGUACCCACAUUAUCUGAUGCCAUGCUGCGAGCUUAUAAACAAUGAAUGGCCACGGAGUGAAAAAGCAAGGAUUAUGUCACUUGAAGCCUCUUGCGACGAAUUACCUACCAGUUUAAUAUUGAUAAAUAAAGAAAAACUUCUUUGCGGACAUUGCAAGCUCACACCUAUACCUAUUAUGCCAAAUAGCUGUUUUUUGGAGACCGUGGUUAUACGCAAGUCGAUGCGCGGCAAAAGAUUGGGUACUUUUCUAAUGCAGAAAGUCGAGGAUUAUUGUAAAAACGUUCUAAAAUUAGAGACGAUUCAUUUAUCGACUAAAGGUCAAGAAGAUUUUUAUGCUAAGUUAGGGUACGAAGUUUGCGCGCCUGUUAGUAUUUACGGAAGUAGUAUUAAUUAUAUCAGUUUAAGGAAUUCUAGCAAUAAAACCACCUCAGUGCCAAUACGGAAUAUCGAUAAUAGUGUUGCUACUAUCGAUAAAAAUACAGCACCGCCACCCCCACCGAUGCCAAAACCACAAAAUAUUAUUAAUACUCUUCAAAGUAACAGAACUUACAUGUUUAAAUAUUUAAUUUGAUAUACAAGGUUUUUUAUUUUUAAUAAAACACAUUCAGUCUUA